UUACAUCUAACCGAUUACAUAAUUGGUAUACUUAUAGAGCAAGAUUCGUUUGAUAUCCAAAAAUCCAAUGAUAAUGAAAAUCAAUAUAUGGUUACACUGAAGAAGCCUCAACUAAACGACAAGUUUACACUUGAACUCAAAUUAGGUUCACAGAAGAUUCAAGUGUCCGGAAGUUUUGUGAAAAGCUGCCAGGAGUCAUACACCUCGCCCUGUACUAUCAUCAUUGCAUUCCUGGCCAGUCUGUGUCUCAUACUAUUCACGGCACUCGCCUUAGCCUUGAUUAUAUUGAGACGAAAAAAGCCCAUCACCUUUAAGUUCGGUCAACGGGAGGACAGGGAGUCCAUUCAGUACGAUAGCGGCAAAUCAUACAAUGAGACUAAUUAUGAGGAGACCUUCGAGCAGUCAAACAAAAUCGAGUCGACGAUCGACGUGACGGCCAAUAAUAUACUCAUCGGCGCGAAAGCCGUGUCCAAAGACAGCCCGAGUCUAACAUCGAUGCCGCGAAAGUCGUCGUUAAAGCCGCCCAAAACUAACUUCAGCGACCAGUUGAACAACAACGGCAUCUACGAGAACGCCGCCUACACUGGCGGGGAACUGGAUGUCGUGCAUGAGGUGAGCGAAGACAAGCCCAUCGACGAGAAGCCCGUGUUUCAAGAGGGGAGACGAAAGUCGAUCGUCACGUUUAGUGAGACCACUCAAGUGAAGUUCGGAUAAUAUUAGGCCUUUCGCUAUGUUUUUGUCGCUUAAAAACUAAUCGUUAAUUUAAAUAUAGUAUUAAAAUGUUGUGAUUGAAAGUCAUUUUAUAGGAAUAUUCAAACAAAUGCCUG